CAGAACAUUAAGAGAAUCGGACAUUAUCCCGUUCUGUUGAAACAGGAAUUAUGUUACUGUAAACGAUAUGAAGAGACUAUUUCCCUAUUAGUUAAUCUUAGGGAAGGAGACUUCUUUGGACUUUUCAUAAUGUUUUAGUUAUUUUCUCUUAUUUUCUCGUCGUUUUUAUAAUUUAGUUUUAGAUUUGCUACAUUCUGGUUUGCCUCGGAGCUUUUGUUGUAUCGGGAACAAUUUUUUCCGGUUGAUUUUUGAUGCGGAGCAAAACAACUUUUUGCUGAAGGGUUGCAGCGCAUCCCUCUGAAACAAAUCGAGAUUGAAGCAGCAGCCGGAGGGAGUUUGGUUUUGGCUGCGUUGUGAGGAUGGAUUUUGACGAGUACGAUUAUUUAGAGAAGACGGUUGAAAAUCCCGAAGGAAUUAAGGAUGAUGAUAAUAAUGGUCGGGUGCGAGGAGAAGACGAUGAUGGCAAGGAGCGAGGUAAAAGUAGCUCUAAGCACAGGAGAAGUGACGAAGACGGACAUGGUGCUGAUCAUCAUCGUUCGAAGAGGGCUAGGUCUGAGGAUGAGAUGAGGGAAAGAGUUAGGGGUUCUGAUCGAGAGCGUGAGAGGUCGAUAAGAGGUUCCUCUCAUCGCAGGUCACCCCCCUCUGAGCAAGGGCGAUCCAGGGAUUUGGAGAGGGUUGAAAAAGAUGGCAGAUACAGAAGCAGUAGAGAAAGGGAACGCCCGGACAGAAAUGGAAGGGAUAAAGACAGAGAGAGGGAGAGAGACAAGAUUAGGGAAAUUGAGAAGGAGAGGGACCGGUCACGUCGAAGCCGGAGCCGAUCUGAACGGCACCGUAGCAGCUCUGAACGGCGCCGUAGUGAGCGAGAACGGGAGCGGGGGAUAAGUAGGGAAAGAGAAUUGAAAGAAAGAGAGAGGGAAAGGGAGCUCAGGGAGAAAGACAGCAGGCGUUUCAAGGAAAGGAAGGAAGAAGCUCCAGAGCCAGAAGCUGAUCCAGAGAGGGAUCAGAGGACUGUUUUUGCUUACCAGAUAUGCUUGAAGGCAGAUGAAAGAGAUGUAUAUGAGUUCUUUUCAAGAGCUGGGAAGGUUCGUGAUGUGAGGCUUAUAAUGGACCGCAAUUCAAGGCGGUCAAAAGGUGUUGGGUACAUUGAGUUUUAUGAUGCUAUGUCAGUUCCAAUGGCAAUAGCACUAUCUGGUCAGCUGCUCCUUGGUCAGCCUGUAAUGGUUAAACCAUCAGAGGCUGAAAAGAAUCUAGUUCAAUCAAAUGCUGCCGUUGCUGGUGCUGGUGGUAUGAUUGGGCCCUAUUCUGGUGGAGCUAGAAGGUUAUAUGUUGGAAAUCUACAUUUCAACAUAACAGAAGACCAGCUUCGACAGGUCUUUGAACCAUUUGGUUCUGUCGAGCUUGUACAAUUACCUACAGAUCCAGAGACUGGCCAGUGCAAGGGUUUUGGAUUUGUUCAAUUUGCACGACUUGAGGAUGCGCGAGCUGCACAGAGCCUUAAUGGUCAGCUAGAGAUUGCUGGUCGAAUCAUCAAGGUAUCAGCAGUGUCUGACCAAAUGGGAAUGCAAGAUCUUGGUGCAAAUGCUGGUGACUUCGAUGACGAUGAUGGGGGUGGCAUAUCUCUCAAUGCUCGCUCCAGAGCUAUUUUGAUGCAAAAAUUGGAUAGGAGUGGUACAGCUACAGGUGUUGCUGGAUCGGUUGCAACCACACCUCUUGCUAAUCCAGCUCUGAACAUCCCAGGGUCAGCUGUUCCUGGUAUUUCUACUUUAGUGCCACCUCCUGUUCCAACACUUGGAACGACUCCAAUUCCUGGUUAUACAGGGCUACCAGGCUCUGCAAUGAUGACCUCAGCUGCUGCUGCCCCAGCUGUGGAUCCUAUUGGAGUUCCUAGUGACUGUUUGUUGCUUAAAAAUAUGUUUGAUCCAAAGAUUGAGACUGAACCUGAUUUUGACGUGGAUAUUAAAGAGGAUGUGCAAGAUGAGUGCUCAAAAUUUGGUGCAGUGAAGCAUAUUUUUGUAGACAAGUAUAGUGCUGGUCAUGUAUACUUGCGUUUUGACAGUGCAACAUCUGCAGUUGGUGCACAGCGUGCUCUCCAUGGUAGAUGGUUUGCUGGCAAGAUGAUUACAGCAACAUUCAUGCCUUCCUAUACCUAUGAGGCAAAAUUUCCUGAUAGCAAAUAAUUGGCGUGGAUCAAAUAUCCAAAAUUAUCAAGUACAACAUGCUUUUUAGGUUAGUUUUUUAUGAAGUUAAAGGUGAAUGGACAUCUACUCACGAUUACACAAAGCAUUGACGACAAUAUUACUUGGAAUCAUUUUGUGGCUGGUUUGUUACAUUUUGGCUGGGCAUUUCUGAACCAGCUGGAUUAUUAUUUGUACACAAUCCAUCCUAUCAAUUUCUCUCCUGUUGUUUUUUCGUGGGAGACCAAUUCUUUAAAUGCCUAACUUGUAUGGAAAGUAUGAUGGCAUCUUUGGCUGCCAUUUGUAUAUUUUAAUCUUGUUCGUGUUUUA